AUGUUCUCUUCGAUAAAACCCGUGGACAGCAGCCGCAGUGAGUUUGGUAUUUACAACAUCCAUAUUUACAAAAGUGUCAAAGGUGCAGUCGCUUCCACAGCAGCGCGUGACGAGAAAGGAGACACUUAUGGACCGUUUCACCUCCCACCUGUCCCCGCCCCCUCUCCACAGCAGCGCGUGACGGCGUUAAAGGAGACACUUCCACAGCAGCGCGUGACGGCGUUAAAGGAGACACUUCCACAGCAGCGCGUGACGGCGUUAAAGGAGACACUUCCACAGCAGCGCGUGACGGCGUUAAAGGAGACACUUCCACAGCAGCGCGUGACGGCGUUAAAGGAGACACUUCCACAGCAGCGCGUGACGGCGUUAAAGGAGACACUUCCACAGCAGCGCGUGACGGCGUUAAAGGAGACACUUCCACAGCAGCGCGUGACGGCGUUAAAGGAGACACUUCCACAGCAGCGCGUGACGGCGUUAAAGGAGACACUUCCACAGCAGCGCGUGACGGCGUUAAAGGAGACACUUCCACAGCAGCGCGUGACGGCGUUAAAGGAGACACUUCCACAGCAGCGCGUGACGGCGUUAAAGGAGACACUUCCACAGCAGCGCGUGACAAGAGGCUCUGAGACGGCGUUAAAGGAGACACUUAUGGACCGUUUCACCUGCCACCUGUCCCCGCCCCCUUCUCUGGACAUCAUGUGUUCAUAA